UAAAAAGAGAUUUUUAAAUUACAUACGAGUUUUAGGAUUUAAAAUUUGUCUUUAAUUCGUUUUUUAUUUAGAAGAAACGUUUAUUCAGUUUAUUUAUUUUUGAUAUAAUCUGAAGUUUUCUUAGUUACCAAAAUGAGAGUAGUGUUUGUUUACAAAUGGUGGUCGCGUGGUCGCGCGUCAUGGCAGAAAUUAAGGAAAAUAUUCUCUCACCGUGGGAAAUUGAGACUUUCAUUGAGAAUUUUCAAGCUCUGCCACUGGAUGAAUUCGGAACGAAAAAAUGGUUCGAACAUCACAAAGCAUUGAUGCUUCUUAAUCAGCAAAGUAUUUUAGAAAUUAGUUCAAUGAGAGAGGAAAGUGUCAAGGAAUUAUUUAUCUCUUUCCAAAAAAUUCCUGUUUUAAUUUACGAAGCAAUACAAAUUGAAAUUUGGAAGCACAAAGUAUUUCCAUUGUUAAUCGAAAUAAAUGACGAGCCGUCAAACACAUUUAUUUUGUUUAGCGUUUUUUAUCACGAGGAAUUAUCCGUUUCUUUAUUGGAAAAUGUUCUCUAUCACGCUGAAGCAAUUGAAACAAUGAACGAUUGUAUUAUCGAUCUUAUUGAUUAUGCAAUAAAUAAUGUUGCCCAUCUUUUAUUUGGCAAGAAACACGAAUUGGAAAUUACUGACGAAACUUCGCCGUGUUUACAAGAAUUAUUGGAAAAGUGGUCCGAAUUGGAAUUUGACAUUGGAAUAAAGUGCAUUUCAAUUUUACGCUAUUUGGCGGAAUUCGCAGACAAUCUUCCUCUUUGUGCACUGUCACGUUUAUUGAGCACUCACGAUUUACCUUAUUUAUUGUGUCAACUCAUUGAGAUGAAACCGUGGAUAAAAUUAAUUAAUGGAGAUAAAUUUUCUUAUAAUGGAAAAUGGGAAAAAAAUGAUUCAUCAAUGGAGGAAAAAAUUUCUAAAAUCGAGGGUCAAGUUUGGUUUGGAUUAAGGGAAAUUCUCUUGAAUCCAAUUUGUUCUUCAUAUUACGAAGUAACUGAAUUUCGCCUCUCACAAUUCCUCAAGCUACAAAAAUUCCUGUACGAACAUGUACUCGAUCAAAUUCCACCUCUUCUGGAUUUAAGAAGAUGGCUCAGUUAUUUAAAUGUCACAUCACAAACUUUGAAUGCUCAACGACCAGUAACUGUUGAAAUAAUACCCGAGAUAAGAACUGCAAUAAUGGAAAAACACAAUAAAAAAUGGAAAAGACUGGCUAAAAAUCAAUCGAAAACACUUUUUACAAAAAAUAUUGAUGAAAUAAAAGCAACGGCUCAAAUUUUAAGUGAAUCGUACGACAUGAAUAAAAUUGAAAUUGUCGAUGGGAAAAAAUGUUUUCUUUGUAAAAAUACAGCAAAUAAACGUUGCUCCAAAUGCAAGGAAGCUUGGUAUUGCGAUAGAGAAUGUCAAGUGAAAGAUUGGAAUAAUCACAAAGAUUUUUGUUCAAAAAUCGAGAGUUUUAAGGAAACGAAUGAUUAAGAAAAGAAAAUAUCUUAAUUUUUUUUAAUAAUAAUAAUAAUAAUAAUAAUAAUAAUAAAUUUACUGAUAAUAUUAAAUUAUUACAGGGUUUCCACGUUUUUGCUCAUUUCAA